AUGCCCAACCUGAAGCCGCCAGUCACGACUACUGAGCAGGCGUUGCGCUAUCGAGAUGAGCUCCAGGCGAUCGAUCCGUCCGUCGAGUACCUCAUGACCCUCUACCUCUCCCCGGAGCUCACCCCGGAGGAAAUACACAAGGCGGCGCAGGCCGGUAUUGUCGGCGUCAAGUCGUACCCACGCGGGGUGACCACUAACUCCGAGGGCGGCAUCGAAUCGUACGAAGCCUACCACCCCGUCUUCGCCGCCAUGGAAGAGGCCGGCAUGGUGCUCAAUCUGCACGGCGAAGUGCCGUCCUCGGCGGCGACGAACACCUGCGUGCUCAACGCCGAGCCUGCGUUCCUCCCCCACUUGCGGAAGCUGCACGCCCGGUUCCCGAGGCUGCGCAUCGUGCUCGAGCACGCGACGACGCGCGCCGCGGUCGAGUGCGUCAAGAGCCUCGGGCCCACGGUCGCGUGCUCGAUCACCGCCCACCACCUGUCGCUCACGGUGGACGACUGGGCCGGCCAGGCGUGGCACUUCUGCAAGCCCGUCGCGAAGUACCCGGACGACCGCGCGGCGCUGCAGGAGGUGGUUAAGGAAGGGCAUCCCCGAUUCUUCCUCGGAUCCGAUUCUGCGCCGCACCCGUACGAGAGCAAGGCGGCGGCGUCGCCCACGUCGGCGUGCGCCGCGGGCGUGUACACUUCGCCCAUCCUGCUGCCGUUGGUCGCGCACUUGCUGGAGUCGUUCGGAGCGUUGGACAAGCUGGAGGGGUUCGUGAGCGGGCACGGGCGGGCGUUCUACGAGCGGCCCGUCGGGGAAGGCGCCGUGCGGGUCGUGCUCCGACGAGCGUCGAACCACGUCGUCGCGAGCCAGGGAUACGGGGCAGGGCCGACACAUGUUGUUCCGUUCUGGGCGGGCAAGCAGCUUGGAUGGGAGAUAGGGGGAAACGCGUCCUGA